AGGAUGACAAUUGCUAAAGGUGGAGAUAGGUGGAAAGAUUGGAAAAGUACCCUAACAGAAGGUAUUUUUACAUUCAAAGAUGUCGCUCCCCAUCUUCUCGAGAAGCCCCCCAAACUUUAUGAAAAAAUAAUUAAUUUGCAAGAAUGGAGAGAGUUUGUGGACUCGAGAUUAAGUCCAGAAUUUGGUGUGAAGAGGAAGAGGGCCUAAGAGAGUAGGGCUUGUAAUCUUUAUCCCCAUCGCACUGGACGAGGUGGUGUAAGGAUGAUUCAAGAACAGAUGGAGAAAGAGGUCGGCCACCAAAUUACUGAAUUUGAUAGAUCUGAAAUUUGGAAAAGAUCUCGCACUAAGUCUAAUGUCGAGGUGGAGGGCCCAACUGCAGAAGUCGUUAAACGGAUUGAUGAAUUACGCAAGCAAGUGGCAGAGGGUCUUGUACAAGUGGAAGGUAAAAGAGACGUGCUGACCAUGGCGCUCGGGACAGAUGAGCAUGGUGGUCGGGUUCGAGCCAUGGGUUUCGGCGUCACCCAAACCCAAUAUUUCAACACACCACGCCCUAAAGGGAAAAAUGUCGAUGGGUCGAACCAGGCAUCAUCUGAAUUGGAGAGACGCGUGCGUGAGACAGAGGAAUGCAACAGAAAGUUGGAGGAUAAAGUGGAUGAGCUCAUUCGUCUUAUUAGUUCCCAGCAUAGCAGCGUUGCAUCUGGUUCCGGUGUUGGAGGAGCAUCAACUGAACCACCGAACGUUGACAUUGCCUCCGAACCAGUAGCACGACCGUCGAGUGCUGCCAAUGUCUACUCUGCACCAGAUCCCAUAGCACAACCGUCAGGUGAUGCCAAUGUCUACUCUGCACCAGAUCCCAUAGCACAACCAUCGGGUACUGCUAAUGUCUACUCUCCAUCACCCCCGCAUUUUCGAGAGGAAAUUGCUCCAGCAGCAGCACCGCCACCUACUGGUGGUAGUUCGGAAGAGACCUUACCAUGUUGGAUGCACUGUCUGUUGGAGCCUAGUGGGAUGGUACUGAAGGUUGCUUCAGGCCACAUUGUGAAGGAGAAAUAUUUGAAAGAUGGAAAGUUUUCCAUCAACAUGGAAGAAUACCUAUACACAAAGAUUAUCUCGACGAUUCAUUGA